AUGAAUCUAGCUGUUGCAGAUUGUCUUAUGGGUAUAUACAUGAUUAUCAUUACAUCCGCAGAUUUUCAUUUCGGUAAUAGUUAUUUCUUGAGUGCACCUAUCUGGCGUGAAUCGUAUCUGUGCAAAUUUUCCAGUUUCCUCGCAUUUCUAUCCAGCGAAAGUUCUGUUUUCACUUUGGCACUCAUGACGGUUGAUCGACUCAUAUGUAUCAAGUUUCCUUUCGGUAGAUACCGUCUCGAUAUUAAAGCCACAGCGACAGUUAUGACAGUAUUAUGGCUACUCACAUUCACCCUCAGUUUGAUACCACUUGUAGUUCCAGCCGAUCUGCCCGGGUUCUACGGACUGUCAGAUGUUUGUAUUGGGUUACCAUUACACGCUGAAUCAACGGAGACGGGGCUGCUUCAGUUUGUAGACGGCACAAUAACUCAAGGGAACAAAUUUACAGCCGAAUACAUCGCAACCAACAGAACAGUUCGUCCAUCCUGGCUCUACGCUAUAGUAACAUUUAUCGGUGUUAACAUGAUUUUAUUCAUUUUUAUUCUGGUAUGCUAUGUUGUUAUGUUUAUAGAGGUAAAGAAAUCAACCCAGAGCGUGGGAAAUGCUACAAUUCGUAAUCGAGAAAUUAAAGUGGCCAGAAAAAUGGCGCUGAUCGUAGGGACUGACUUCGCAUGUUGGAUGCCUAUCAUUGUAAUGGGUAUCCUCACACAAUCGGGUCUCGUUGUCCUACUGACAUCCCUUUAUGCUUGGAGUGUUAUAUUCAUCCUCCCAAUCAAUUCCUCCAUCAACCCCAUAUUAUACACGUUCGUUAACUACAUGGAAAGCAGGAAGAAACCAAAGAAAAACACAUCCACAAAACCAAACUCUAAAGGGGGUGGUACGAGAGAAAGAAGUGCAACUAUAAGUAACACCUCCUUGACGCAAAUCGGCAGCGAUGACAAUAAGAAUAAUGAAAAUAAGACCAUUAAGACAGUAACGGGAAGUAAAAUGUAAGGCCCAUUUUGAGGGGUUAAUCUGAAGUGCUUAAAAUUUACUUACAGAGGAGGAGAAAGAGGUUGGAAAUAUUUGUACAAAUAUGUAAUUUUCCAAGAAGAAAAAAAAAAUCAUCAAUAUACUAGUUAUGCAUUCAAACUUUGAUAUGGUAUGAUUUACUUCGCAAAACAGAGUUAGAAAAUAGAGAUUCAGAAAAAAACACACAAUACAGUGGCAACUAGGCAUGGUGGUAUAGUUUCCAUAAUGUCUUUUUUAACGACUGGAUGAUAACAAAAUAUUUUGUUAGUUGAGGAUAUUAGAAUUAAAAAAAAUAAAUGAAGUGCAAUUUGUCGGAUUAUGGGCCGAAAUACUUCUCUAUUUAACAGGGAUAUAUUUAAAACAGCAACUAAAGGAGAACCAAUUGCAUAUCCUGGCAACACGGUAUAAUGUUUUAGGCGUGUAUAUAAGCAAGGCAAUUCAUACAUGUAAUUAAAAUACCGGGAAUGGCAUAUGUAUUAGUCUACAGAAGAAAUGGUGGCAUAUCCCUUAUAAUCAACGACGUCAUUUGUUUGCUGUAAUAUCGCAUAAGAUUUUCUUUAAAAUUCUUACUGUGCUAUGGACACUCAUUUUUCUAUUGAAUAUAAUAAAUUUCAGCAAAAAAGGAAUAUCAAGAAUUGAUAUCACUGAUAUUCAUGUCUGCUUUACCAACAUAUAUAUGCAUUAGCUGUUGUAGCUAUCUGCUAAAUUGUUCUGCUAUAUGUUACUAGUCCAUGAAUUGUUACUCGGUAUACAUGUCGAGUCUCAGUGGUACAGCUGUCGAUAUAAGAGACUAAGGCUUUCGUUAAUGUUUCAAUACAAUGUGUGUAACUA